AUGGGACAGUCGGCUUCUACGCCUCGGAAUUUCUCAACCUCUGGACAUCCAGACCACGCUCCUUUCGCGGUCAAUCCCGAAUCUGGCCCGAGGGAUGCCGAAAUGGACAACAGGCAGAAUAUUGACCCGAGUGGUGAGAUCGGCCUGUCCACCGGAAUGGAUGCGAAUACGCAGAGCAGUCAAAAUCUACCAUCGGAGGAGCUGCAUCAUCACCUGGGGUCCACACAACAGCCGACACGAAGUUCGGGGGGUUACUACCACCAAAUGCGAAGCAUCGAGGAAGAGGAAGGUUCAGAGAAUGAAAUGAGUUCACGAGAGCGUCGUUCGGCUGCACUCGCAAGAAUGGCUGCCAGGAGGCAAUCCACGAUGUCACGCUUGGGGUCUAGAAUAUUGCCAAAUUCUGUCAUUCGAGGUCUUCUCAACAGUCAGGAAGAGACACCGGCGGAGGGACAUGCUCACCGGCAUGGGCUUGUCUCAAGGACUCAGCCCCGGUCGGAUAGCGCUCACAGCAGUAGUCGCUUCAGUCCUUUCAGCGCUCUAGGCUCUAGAGGUGUGCUGCGUCGGCGGAACACUCGCGAGCCUUACUUCAUUCCCCAGCGAGCCGAAUCGGCAGCUCUCGCUGAAGGCACAGCGAACUCUUCCUCGCUUGACGCCUCUACGGAUCCCCUACCUGAAGCCAGUCGUGCGUCUUGGCGCAGAGCUAGACUACAGCGUAUGCGUCAUUCGCUGUCGACUCCGAUAUCGCACAUGUUUGGGCAAUCUGCCACCGGUGGCUCUACAAUGCAUGAGAACGACGCGCCUAUGUCACGACCGGCAUCCUUAACGGAUAGCAUGGCCAGUACCAUGGAUACGCGCCUUGACUUCGGAGAGCCGCUACCUGAAUUGGACUCAGGUGAAGUAGGUUUAGAAGCAGACCGACCACUUACUGCCAAUACGAGUCCAGGUCUCUUGGGAUCCCGCACGCUCCCUAGUCUGCUCAGGGCUCGGGCAGCCCGCGCUAUGCGUCGAGAGGAGCAGACUCCUCUCUCUAGAGUUCUUCAGCUUGCAGCAGCAGCUAUUGCAGCCCAGCUGUCAGGUACGCCUGGACCAGCCUUGCCAAAUAUUCAAGCCUUGGGAAACGACGGUCUUGAUGGCUCGCUCGAGAAUUUCAUCCACAGUUUGCAAAGCGUAACAUCACCUCAAGCGCCUUCAUCACCGGCUGGUGAUGGGAUGACUCCGCCUGAUCCCGAAGCUCCCCCGGCACCUGUCAAUUUCCUGCGAGUUUUCCGUUUUGCCAAUUCUGAUUCUCCCCCCAGCACAGGGCCAUCAGGGGAGCAAGGUACGGGCAAUCCAGAUGAGACUCGCUCUCGUUCUGAGAGAAUGUCCAUCGAUGGGCCCCCGGAAGGCGUCGAAGCUCGAACGGUAACCCUCGUCGUUGUUGGGGUUCGAUCUGUCCCUUCUGGCAAUGGAGAACAAGGUCCUCCGGCUCCGGGUGCUGCAGGUUUGGAUGCCUUGCUCGGAUUGCCCUUCUUGCCCCCGAAUAUCUUACCCAACGCCCGCCCAGAUGGCAUCCCGGGUGAUCCUCUCCAUCGGCCAGACGCGCGAUCGAGACUUCAUGCGGCUCGUCCAGCUGGUUCGGAUGGUCUAAACUCCAGUGCUCUCCGCCAGCCUGGGCAGACUUUACCGCGCAGGAUGUCAGAUGCGGGACCUCUUCGUCCAGUCCCCUUCCCCCCAUCAGUACUUUCUGACAGUCCUCCUGGGCCGCGUCCACCGCCAUCGACUCCUGCGGAACCUGGCAGGUCAGCCAUCUCUUCGGGCACUACCACUCCGAAUCGCCGGCCGUCCUCGGCGUCGGCCCUCUCCCCCAGCGACUUGCCCCAUGUACACGAAGAUCGACCUCUGCAAUCCGCCGUUGAACCUGCCGAGGAGCCCACUCCGCCCAGCGCCGCCCGGCAGCGAAGACGGAGUGAUUCGGAGUACGCCCGCCACCGGGCAUUUGGAUCGGGAUCACUUCGUCGCAAUGGCGUAGUUGAACCUGACCAGCCCCCUCCCAGUGGAGGUCGAAGCUGGUUGAUAUAUGUCGUCGGCACCAACCUUUCGGAAAACCAUCCGGCGCUGACAACCCCAAGCCUGUUCACCGACAACCCGACCUACGAGGACAUGAUCCUUCUCUCCUCGCUGCUUGGGCCUGCGAAACCCCCCGUUGCUUCCCAAAACGACGUCAACUCAGCUGGUGGGCUUUUCCGUCUUGUAGAGUACUCUGGCUCUCUGGUGGCCGAAUCUGUCGAUGGAGCCGGCAGUAUCCACAUACUUGAGGGCGAGCGUUGUCUCAUUUGCCUGAGUGACUACGAAGUGGCCGAGGAAGUUCGGAAGUUGACACAAUGCAAACAUAUGUUCCACAAGGAUUGCAUUGACCAAUGGUUGACUACCGGUCGAAACUCAUGCCCGCUUUGUCGAGGGCAAGGUGUCAAGGAGACAGCUGCCGAGGACUCUACACCAGCAGCAGCUGAGCGUGACCCAAUCCCUGCGGCGGGCCCGGCUAUUUGA